AUGGACUCAUGCCCUGCAGAUGAUAGUGAUUCUCUAAAACCCAAAUCUCAUUGUCCGAACGACGUUAUGGAAUCGAAUAAAGAUCCGAAAGUUGAUUAUUGUGGCAUAGGACUCUGGCGUCCGUCAUGCCUGGAACCUCUGAGAGACAUACGCGCAUUUAUAGCAGCGAUGUGUUUUGUGUCUUGCCUACAAGCAUCCUACUCUGGCUACACAAGUUCCCAGAUAACAACAUUGGAAAAACGUUUUGCUGUCGGCAGCAUCGUCAUUGGCUCUAUCAACUCAUUUUUUGAAGUUGGAUAUAUCAGUUGUGUUAUGAUAGUUAGCUACCUUGGGUCAAUGGGGCGUGUACCGCUUUGGAUUUCCUGUGGUCUUUUUGCUAUGUCAUGUGGUGCAUUUCUUUUCUCAGUACCCCAGUUCCUCUUUCCUUACAACACAUCCUUCUCUUCUGGCAAAAGCGAACAUUUGUGCCCGAAAAACAUAGAAAAUAACCUUAGUGUAGCGGAGGAAACCCCUUGUCGUUCCCAGGCUGGUGGUGCAUAUCAAUUUUUGCCAAUUUUAUUGUGUGCCCAGUUCUUGAUUGGUGCGGGAUCUAGUCCUAUUUUAACUCUAGCUCCGCCUUUCGUUGAUGAUCAUGUGCCUCCUUCGAAAGCACCUGGAAUGAUUGCUUCAUUAUACGCCGCUGCUGCCCUUGGUCCUGUUUUUGGCUAUGCCUUAGGCGCCUUUAUGCUGCAGCAUCCUAUGGAUAAGUGGUCUAAAACGAAAAUUCUUAGUGCUGCGCUAACACCGGCCAGUGAAGACUGGAUUGGUCUCUGGUGGGCUGGUUACAUAGUUCUCGGUUUUGGUGUCUUCCUGGGUGCCUGUAUUCUAAUUAUGUUUCCCCGAAAUCUGCGGUCCUCGUUCACUUCACACAAACGAUCCUUUGAAAACAAUAGAGCUGGUUGUAGUGGAGUCGGUAUUCAGAGCGUUGACGUCGAAUUGAACGACACUAAUCUGCACAACUUAUCGCGGAAUACAACGCCUGUUGCAGAGGCUUCACACCCGUUCCCUCUGCACUUGCAAUCUUCACAGGUGAUCCAUCAGUCCUAUCGGCAACGUGCUACCUCCCAAUACCAUCACAGAUCGUUCUCUGGUAAUGCACCCUUCACUUCCACACCUACCAACAUCCCUGCUCCUGUCACCGGAGGCACACGUCCGUCCAUAUUCUUUCCCACCGCCCGAUCCCGUCACCAGCGGUCAGCUUCUGUCAGUAGCAUUCUCUUACACGCUGCAAUUCUAGCUGCCACAGCCUCACACGCCGCAGAGGAAGAGGAUGAAGUGGCUCCUACUGAAACCGACUUGAGCGAAUCAGCCAGUGAGUCGGACAGUUCGUCGCCCGAAGAGUCAAAAAGGCAAAGUAGGCAUCUUAUAGGCACAUUAAUUUUAGCUAACGAGACGUCAGACAGAAACGAAUUCGAUUUUGAUGUAAAAGCCACUCCCAUUCGCAAAUCACAAGGUGGUCCCAAGCGCUCACAUCCUCCGAUUCUUGAGGGUGACUCAAAUCAAUCUCCGAAUUCAUCGUCAAAUCCCAUUUCAACCUCAUCGUUGACAAAACCGUCAAUUCUUGUGCACUUUCACAGCCACCGUAGAAGGCGCCGCCGAAAAAUCAUCCGAGGUCGUAUAUUUGGUUUUCUUGCUGACUGGAGCAAGGACAUUCCUAAAUCCAUUUUUGCUUUGUUGAAAAACGAAAUCUACGUAGUCACCUGCCUUUGUAUUUGCUGCGAAAUGUUCAUCGUAAUCGGAUUUGCCGGCUUUCUGCCCAAGUACAUGGAGAUAGAAUAUCAAAUAUCAAAGACUACAGCCAGUAUGAUUGCCGGUAAUUCCUUAAAUCCCAUCCCAUUCUUCAUUUUAGGUUCGGUGAUCUUUGUAUUAUGCGUCAACUUUGUCAUAGUUAGUUGCAUGUGCUCCUUCUUUUUCCUCGGCUGUGAAAAUCCCAAAAUCGCCGGUCUCACAGUCCCUUAUCCCGUUGCGUAA